AUGCCACAUCUAUCUGUGCACGUGGUUCCCAGAGAUAUCAAGGACGAUUCAGAAUGGGAACAGUAUUCGCUACAACAGAAACAAAUAAGGCUGCGAAGCCUUCAACAUGAUUCAGCGUCCUUUACAUCUCGCUACGAAUCAGAGGCAAAUGAACCGAUGAGCUUCUGGGUCAACCGCUUGAAAAAUCCGAAAGCUUGGACGGUCAUCAUGGUUCAAAGCGGACAGGAGUUGCCACCAGACGAAGGAGUGCUUUUGCGCGAAGAUGUUGAAUGGGUAGGUUUCUGCGUCAUGAUAGAUGGCCGAGACGCCUCAGAGGUACCAGAAAAUAGCCACAUCUACCGUGGGAAUUGGUACAUGGCUGCUGUUUGGCUGAGCCCAAAGCUACGGGGACAAGGAGCAGGGCAAAGGCUUGUACGGUUUGGUGUCGAUUUGGUGAAGAACCUGAAUGCCAACGAUGGUUCUCCACCAGGGCACUGUACUACCGAUGUAGUGCACGGCAACAACAACGCCCUUGAGUUGUACAAGAAUAUCGGCUUUCAGGUGGUCAACGCCGAUGCGACCAUGGAGAAAGAAGGUCGGGUGUAUAGGAGCACUGAGCUCAAGUUGCCUCUCUAA